AUGUGGUUUCCUGUGUUGUGCGCGCUGCUUUCUUUGGCACUUGUAGAGAAUUCUCAAGUCAAGAUACACAUUCCUCCCUCCAGUUCUGGAAACUACCCACGUCUUCGUCUCAAUCAAGAUAUUCCAUACCUACAAAAGUUCACGAUUUGCUCUUGGAUCAAACCGCAUUUUAUUCAAAAAGAAUUUUCUACAUUUAUUUCCUACGCAACCAUACGAUCCAAAAAUGAAUUGGCUGUGUGCCUUUCGAAUAAAGAUGGAAACGUCAAAGUAGGUGUCAAUAUCGCAAAAAGUUAUAUAGAAAUGCAAUGCCCAAAUACAGACUGGGCAGUGGGUGAGUGGUACCACGUUUGCGUAUCAUGGUUUAACAGGAAUGGACAUUUGCAAGUGUAUACGAAUGGGUAUCGAUGUCAUAACAAUACUAAUAAUAAUACCAUUGUUAGAAAACGUAUUAUCUUUGGAGAUGGCGUGUUUAUUGUCGGGCAGGAUCAGGAUUCUUUUGAUAGCGAAUACGAUGCUGAUAAAGCGUGGUUUGGUGAUAUAGCGGACAUAAAUCUGUGGGACGAAGUUCUAACAGAAAGACAAAUUAAAGAAGCGGGUAAAUGUGAGGGAAAAAAGAAGAAAGGAAAUAUUAUUGGUGGAUUGAGACCCUCCAUGACAGCUAUAGGUAUUUCUAUAUCUGAAACGGAACUCUGUUAG